AUGCAACAACGCAACCAUCACUCAACUCUCACAAUUUUAAUUUUUUUAAUAUUCAUUGGCUUGACACUCUCCUGCCAUGCAUUUUCCUGUAAUGUUGGAUACGACAAAUUAGGAAAUUACUAUGGCGCCACACAAUCCUGUCCAUCCGGAUUUGUUUGUUACAGAUAUGACCUCAAAGAUCCAAAUAUGGGAGAGAAAAUAUAUGGAUUUACACCAGAAUCGAACUGUAAUUCAUGGAGGGCACAACCUGCUGCCUAUCCAAAUUUGGUUUGUUGUGCUAGUCAAUUGUGUAAUGAUAAGAAUGCAAUUGGUGGAGCAACAAGUUUUGCAGUUGUGGAUGGAAAUGGAAAUGGAACAAGAACAGGGAUGGGAGUGAAAGAUAGUGCACUCAGUAGAGAAUUGGUUCAAUUGGUAAUUGUUGUGGCUUUGAUUUUUACUUGUUUUGUACUUUAG